AUGGAUACCUCAAGACUGCUGGAGUUGCCGGACGAGCUGCUUCUCAUAUGGCACGCUCACCGCACCGAGAUCCUCCUCUCCACCGGGGUACUGCUGGCCAUAGUGCGCUUGCUGGUGCAUUGGAGGGGUCGGAAGGCUAAGAUCGCAUUGACUCCUCCUAUUGGAACUCCCACCGAUGAGAAGCCGCGGUUUGAGACUGAGAUCACGCCUGAGAAGGCCGUAGUCCAAGAUGUCUCAAUCGGAGAGAGUCCACUGCAGAAGAGAAGAACCCCACGAAGAGUCAAGGGCACCAGGAACCUGAGAAAGAGCGAAGCCGAAAUGCCUGUCGUAGAACGGAUACAGCCAUAUGUCUUCUACUUCUCAUUAGGUGGCUCAACGAGGGCACAAGCUGAGAAACUUACGGCCUCGUCUGUUGACGAGAACGAAGCGAUGCUCCCACCCCACCUACUCGACUUGACCGAGAUCGACUAUGAGGACUACUUUAUUUCGCCUCCGAAACAGCCCGCGUCAGGCACCGCCAGCUUCUACUCAAUCCUCAUACCAUCCUACAACAUUGACACUGAGCUGUCGAACUUCCUCUCCCAUCUGGAAGAGACUCAUCAUGACUUUAGGAUCGAUACGGCACCCUUGUCAGGCCUGGCUGGCUACAGCGUUUUUGGGUUUGGAGAUCAGCAAGAAUGGCCGACAGAACAAGAGGGAUACUGUACACAAGCAAUCGAAGUCGACAGGUGGAUGGCAAGAUUGACUGGCCGCAAGAGAGCCUUCCCGCUCGGCAUGGGUGAUGUGAAAGGAGAUGAAUUGGAGCACAGACUGGAGGACUGGAGAAGAGGCGUACACAACAUAAUGGUUGACGUUAGCCAAGGCAAAGGACUUGGGGAUGGGAUCUCUGGAAGCGGCGACGCCGUGGAAAGUGACGAUGAGGAUGAUGUGGAUUACGAUGAUGGCGAGACUGUGAUAUCAAAGCCUCGGAAAGGCACAACAGGCGAUCUCGAGGAUCUCAAGGCACCCAUUCCGGUGGAUUUUACGACCACUUCCAAAACAACCUCUACGCCCAAGGAAAUGGUACCGAAGACAUCGCCAACCUACACAAAUCUCACCAAGCAGGGCUAUACCAUCGUCGGCUCCCACUCAGGUGUCAAGAUCUGCCGCUGGACCAAAUCAGCCUUACGCGGCAGAGGGUCCUGCUACAAAUUCUCCUUCUACGGCAUCGCUUCGCAUCUAUGCAUGGAAGCAACGCCGUCUUUGAGCUGCAGCAACAAGUGCGUCUUCUGCUGGCGGCACGGCACAAAUCCGGUCGGCACCACCUGGCGAUGGACAGUCGAUCCACCCGACAUGAUCUUCCAAGGCAUGAAACAGGGCCAUUACCAGAAAAUCAAGAUUCUUCGUGGUGUACCUGGUGUCAGGAGCGAGCGAUUCAGCGAGGCGAUGAGGAUUCGACAUUGCGCUCUGAGCUUGGUCGGCGAGCCCAUCUUCUACCCUCACAUCAACGAGCUGCUCGCAAUGCUGCAUCGAGAGCACAUCUCAAGCUUCUUGGUUUGCAACGCGCAGCAUCCCGACCAGCUUGCAGCGCUUGGCCCUGUCACUCAACUCUACGUCUCUAUCGAUGCCUCGAAUAAAGACUCUCUUCGUCGCAUCGAUCGUCCUCUACAUCGCGAUUUCUGGGAACGCUUCAUCAGAUGUAUGAACAUUCUGCGCGAAAAGCGCUUCACACACCGGACAGUCUUCCGCCUCACUCUGGUCAAGGGCUUUAACAUUGAGGAGGAGGCUGCCGGCUACGCUGACCUUGUCGAACGAGCCCUGCCAGCUUUCGUCGAGGUCAAAGGCGUGACAUACUGCGGUACGUCCACCGCGGCUGGUGCAGGGCUCUCGAUGCAGAACGUGCCCUUCUACGAGGAAGUCAAGGCGUUCGUACUCGCUCUCGAAGCUGAGCUGAACCGCCGCGGUCUCGACUAUGGCAUUGGCGCUGAGCAUGCACAUUCCUGCUGCAUCCUCCUCGCCGACCGAAACCGCUUCUACGUGAAAGGUGAAGACGGCAUCAGCAGAUGGCACACCAUCAUCGACUACCAAAAGUUCUUCCAAUGUGUCGAAUACGGCAAGCCGUUCAGCCCAGAAGACUACGUCGGCCGACCCACCCCUGAAUGGGCCCUGUGGGGAAAUGGAGGCUUCGAUCCGCGCGAUGAGAGGGUAGACCGCAAGGGAAAGCCGAAGAACGAUGCUCCACCGAAGCCCAAGAUCGUCCCAGCAGUAACAGACAUCGAUGAGAUCACGCCUGUGGAAGCGGCGGCUGAGGUGGUCAAGGAGACACCCAAGGAGCCUGUCGGCACAGAUCAACUUCUUGGCCGGCAGUAUCAACGGACGUUGCAGAUGCGGAAGCAGCUUAUCGAGCGAAAUAGAACGUCGAGAGUUGUGGAGAUAUGA